AUGGAGGCUGAAGAUAUUUCAAAGGUUGAAGACAGACCUGAGGACAUAAGUUCCAAAAAUGAAGGCCAGACCCUUGGCGUGCAGCCUGAUUUCCCAGUAGGACGUCAGUCGCCUGGCCCCUCUGAUCUCUGGGGUAUGCUUGAAAAGAAGUUUCUGGAAUACCAGCAGUUGAAGCAUAAGAGCCCAGAUGAGCGUAGGAAGAACCUGUUGAACCUUCUCCCCCUGUUCCUAAAGGCCUGGGAACACUCUGUGGGCAUCAUCUGCUUUCACAGCCUCCAAAGUCUGGCAGAAGAGAUGUCCAACCAGCUUGCUCAAGAAGUACAGGAGGCCCUUGCUGGGAAGCCUGCAGAGCAAGCUAGGGCAGCUUCAGGGCAGUUGCUGCGGUGGAAGGGGGACGUGGAUCAGGAUGGCUACCUGCUCCUGAAGUCGGUGUACGUGCUCACAGGGACAGACUCGGAGACGCUGGCCAGAGUGGCCGAGUCGGGGCUUCCAGCCCUGCUCCUCCAGUGCCUAUACCUCUUCUUCGCUUUCCCUGUGGAAAAGGAUGAGCUUCUAGAGGCUGACGUUCAAGGUCAGAGGAUGUUCGUGCAGAUGCUGCUCAACAUUUUCAGCGAGUCUCGGGGUCUGGAGGGACUUCUCCCAGGAAGUGAGCUCCAGUCUCUAUUGAUGGCCACCACCUGUCUGCGGGAACAGAGCAGCUUCUUCUGGAAAGAGCCCACCUACUGUGUGCUGAAGGCCAUCUCCAAGGCUCAGAGCCCUGGCAUCAUCCAAUAUCUGCAUGCUUCCAACUGCAUCCGGCUGUCAGUCCAGAACCUCUCCAAGUUGACCGACAUGCUCCCUGCAUAUGAGAUGAGCGAGGCUAUGAGCCUUGUGCUGACUUUUGUGAAGGACUCCUACCCCAUCUCUUCGGCUCUGCUCCUGGAGUUUGAGAACGGGGAAGGCUACCCUCUGCUACUCAAGGUGCUCUUGCAGUAUGAUGGGCUGACACAGGGAGAAGUGGAACCCCAUCUGGAGGAGCUGAUCGGGCUGGUGGUGUGGCUGACAACAUGUGGGAGAUCCGAGCUCCAGGUGUUUGACAGCAUCACUUACCCUCAGCUUGAAGACUUCAAGUUUCAUCAUGAGGAUUCUGGGGUGACUGUUAAGAACCUUCAGGCCUUCCAGGUGCUGCAAAAUGUUUUCUACAAAGCCAACGACUCUGUCCUUUGCACUCAAGUCCUUUCAGCUAUCAGGACCAUGUGGGCUUGGAACCCCCGAAACUUCUUCCUACUGGAGUGGACCCUGCAACCUAUCUCUCAGUUCGUAGACAUUGUGUCCCUAAAGCCGACCCUGGUGCAGGUGCAGUUUUUCCAGCUGCUGGAGACUCUGGUAUUCCAGCUGCGCUACGUGCCCCACGAGAUCCUGGGGAAAGUGCAGCGUCUGAUCAAGGACAGCCCCGAGCCAUCCUGCACCCUCGUGGCCUUGCAGAGCCUCCUCAGGAUCACCGGCAGUGACCAGCUUUUCACCGACAUCUUCCGGGACUCGGGGCUCUUAGGCCUGCUGCUGGCCCAGCUGCGGAAGCAGGCCAAGAUCAUGAGGAAGUCAGGAAACAAAGAAUCCAGUUCUGGCAUCCAGGCUGCAGGAAGGGAACUUACCUGUGUGAUGCUGAACAUGGUGGUUGUGCUUCUCCAAGGCUCAGUCAGAAAUGCAGUUGUCCUGAAAGACCACGGCAUGGUGCCCUUCAUCAAGAUCUUCCUGGAUGACGAGUGCUACCGGGGAGCCUCACUCAGCAUCUUGGAGCAGCUCUCAGUCAUCAAUGCUGAGGAAUACAUGAGCAUCAUCAUCGGUGCCUUGUGUUCAUCCACUCAGGGGGAGCUGCAGCUGAAACUGGACCUUCUCAAGUCUCUGCUUCAGAUCCUGGAGACCCCCAAGGGCCGUGCUGCCUUCCGAGUCUCCAGUGGCUUCAAUGGGCUGCUGUCCCUGCUCUCCGACCUGGAAGGGUCCCUCCGCGUGCCGGUGCUGCCGACGUGGAGGGCCGCGUCCCCCAGACAGACCCUGGAGCUGGUGCUGCACACCCUGUGUGUGAUGUCCGCGGCGCUGCACCUGGACCCCGCCAACGGGGACUUCUUCAGGAGGACCGGGCUCUUUGAGAAGCUGGCCGAGGACCUGUGCCUGCUGGGCUGUUUUGGGAUCCCAGAGGAAGAGGGGGACCCACAGCAUUCCCGGUCUGACGCCAAGGCCCGGGCAUUUGUCGAUUUGCUGAGCGUGGCCUUCUCCUCCAGCUGCCCGUUCCCAGCCAGGAUACAGAGCUGCCUGCAGAUCCUCAGCUUCCUGGACAGCAUGGUCAGUGGCACCCUGCACCUGCGAGGGGACCUUUGGGAGUUGCUGAGAGCUGGGCAUGAGCUGGCUGUGCCUGCGCAGGAGAGAGGAACACACGCUGACUCCCAAGGCAAAGUCAAGCGGUGGACAGAUCCUGAAGAGAGGAUGGAUGAAGGCGACCCCGUGAUCAUGCUCCCUGGCAUCGUGUGCGUCAUGGUGAGGCUCCUGCCUCGGUUGUACCAGGAGGACCACCCACAGCUUUCCGAGGAGAUCCAGUGCUCCCUGGCCAGCCACCUCCUGUCCUUGGUGAAAUCGGAGAAGAACCGCCAGGUCAUGUGUGAGGCUGGGAUGCUUCAGACAAUCAUGACUUCCUGCCGCAGGGCGCUCAGCAUGGGCAGCAGCCCCCUGCACGUGCUCCUCAUCAGGAUCUUUGAGAAGCUGGCUUCCCAAGCCAUUGAACCAGAUGUGCUAAGACAGUUUCUAAGACUUGGAUUUCACCCUCCUCUGGCAGCUGCCACAAAAAUCCUCAAUUCAUCUCAUGGGCAAGGAGGUGACCCCAAGUGCUCAGGGUCACAGGCAGCAGAUCUGGGCACAGCUGAGGGACCUGCGGAUGGCAGCGCUGGAGAGGCUCAGGACUUCAGGUCUUCAAUGACAUCCCAGGGUUCUGCCAGAGCCCUCCAGACAGCCCUGAGCCUCAUCUCCAUGACCUCCCCUCGGAACCUACAGCCCCUGAGGGCCACUCUGGCUCCGUCGUUUGUGGAAUUUGACAUGUCUUCUGAGGGUUAUGGCUGUCUGUUUAUUCCGACCCUGUCUACAGUCAUGGGGGCCAGCACUGAGCACUCCAUCUCUGGAGGGAUUGGGACAGGUCCUGCGAGGCUGUUCCCCCCACAGGGAGGCCUGACCUUCUCCUGCUGGUUUCUGAUCAGCCAUCAGGCCACCGUCAUGGAGGGGCACCCCCUGCGCUUUCUCACCCUGGUGCGCCACCUGUCCAGGACGGAGCAGCCCUUCGUCUGCUUCUCUGUCAGCCUCUGCCCAGAUGACCUGUCCCUGGUUGUGUCCACAGAGGAGAAAGAGUUCCAGCCCCUGGAUGUCAUGGAGCCCGAGGAAGAGGCAGAGCCCUCAGCGGGACGCCAGCUCCAGGUCAGGUGCGGUCAGAGGCUGGCUUGUGGCCAGUGGCAUCACCUUGCUGUGGUUGUUAACAAGGAAAUGAAAAGGCACUGCACCGUUUCCACCUAUCUGGAUGGAGAGGCCAUUGGCUCAGCCAAGAUGUUGUAUAUUCAGGCCUUACCAGGACCCUUCCUUUCAAUGGAUCCAUCUUCGUUUGUGGAUGUUUAUGGGUAUAUUGGGACCCCUAGAAUCUGGAAACAAAAAUCCUCAUUAAUCUGGCGUCUUGGCCCCGCAUACUUCUUUGAAGAGGCCAUAUCAGUGGAGACUCUGGAAGUUAUCAUCAAACUUAGCCCAAGAUACUGUGGUAACUUUCAGGCUGUGCACACUCAAGGAGAAGACCCCGAUGGAGAAGCCACAGCCCUUGUGGCAGAGGAAAAGGUCUCCUUUGGUCUGCAUGUAUCCAGCUCCUCCAUUACCAAUGCAGCAAACAUCAGAAACGUCUACAAUGAGGUGGACAGCCGCCUGAUCGCCAAGGAGAUGAACGUUUCCUGCCGUGACAACGCCACGCCUGUGCUCUUGCUGAGAAACUGUGCUGGACACCUCUCGGGGUCUCUUCGGACUCUCGGUGCUGUUGCUGUGGGUCACUUAGGGGUGAGGGUGUUCCACUCUAGCCCUGCUGCCAGCAGCCUGGACUUCAUUGGAGGGCCCGCAAUCCUCCUAGGCCUUGUCUCCUUGGCGAAGGACGACAACAGCAUGUAUGUGGCUGUGAAGGUCCUGCACUCGGUGCUGACCAGCAACGUCACGUGUGACCGCCUGAUGCAGCACAUGUGUGGGUACCAGAUACUGGCCUUUCUCCUGAGGAAGAAUCCCUCCCUCCUAAACCAUCAGAUUUUCCAGCUGAUCCUUUCAGUGGCUGGCACGGCGGAGCUGGGUUUCAGGCCGUCGGCUAUCACCAACAUGGGUAUCUUCCAGCAUGUCCUCUGCAAUUUCGAGCUGUGGAUAAACACUGCAGACAACCUGGAGGCUGCUCUCUUUUCCCAUAUCCUGGAGAUCCUUCAGUCACCAAGGGAAGGACCCAGGAAUGCAGAAGUCGCUCACCAGGCACAGCUCAUACCCAAGCUCGUCUUCCUCUUCAGUGAGCCAAGUCUGCCCCCCUCCACGGUCCCCACCAUCAUUUCCAUCCUGGAAUGUCAGCUGAGGGGUCACUUCAACAUUCAAGACUUACUCAGGGUUGGGCUGUUUGUCGUGUAUACCCUCAAGCCUUCGUCUGUGAGUGAGAGGCAGAGCUGUGUGGAUGGAGCCCAGGACCCCUCAGUGUCUGCUGGAAGCCAAACAUCUGGAAAGACAAUCUGGCUCCGAAACCAGUUGCUGGAGAUGCUGCUCCACGUAAUAUCUACCCCCCAGCUUCAUCUGCCCUCCGAGUCAAAGGAAGAAGUGUUUCUGAACCUAGGGCCCGACUGGUUCUUGCUGCUUCUGCAGGGCCACCUGCACCCCACCACCACCAUGGUGGCCCUGAGGCUACUGCUGUACUUUCUGUUGAACCCUGCCCUCCGUGGGCGAUUCAGAGAUGGCCUGCCCACAGGAUGCUUGGUGAAGCGCAGUGUGGAAGGCAUGGACAUUGUGAUGGACAACCUGAAGAGCCAACCUUCCGUGCCUGACCAGAGCUCCUGCCUGCUCCCUGGGUUCCGAGUCCUGAACGACUUUCUGACCUGCCACGUUCAUGUUCCAGAAGUCUACCUCAUCGUGUCGUCCUUUCUCCUCCAUACACCACUUACAGAGCUGACAGAUGGGCCCAAAGACAGCCUGGAUGCCAUGCUGCAGUGGCUGUUGCAGAAACAUAACCAGCAAGAGGUCCUCCGGGCUGGGCUGUGCACCGAAGGUGCUCUGUUGCUUCUGGGGAUGCUGAAAGCCACCCUGAGCCAGUCCCUGGCAGGUUCAGAAGAUGGCGCACGGGAGCAGACAUUCCCCAGCAGCAUCCUGCACUUCCUGGGCCUUGUGUACCGCUCCUACCCCCAGGACCCAGCGUGGCGAAACUCCGACUUCCUCCAGACCUUGGCCAUCAUCACCUUCCCCCUGGGGCCUCAGAAGGGGACUGCGGUCGAGUCCACCAGGAGCACCAGCAGUCCUGGGGCCAUGGCUGAAACCAGCAGCGCUACAGAGGGAGUCCAGGCUCCUGUCAAGGCCCAUCCGGCCCGGAGGCAGCUGAGGGAGUUCAUACAGAUCCUCUUGAGGGAGCUUCUGCUUGGAGCAUCCUGCCCCAAGCAGUGGCUGCUACUGGAGGUGCUCCUAGAGACCCCUCUGGACAGCGCCACCAGCCAGCAGAGGCAAGACUUCCAGUCUGAGGUCCUGCUUUCCACCAUGGAAAUCUUCCACACGACGAGCGGAGGCAGUGCGUCCACCCUUGGAGGUGAUAAGGAGCCGAACACAGAAGCUGCUACGUUUGCUCCCCUUGCAAACAUUUCCUACUUCACCCAGAAGCUGGUGGAGAAGCUGCACAGUGGGAUGUUCUCAGCAGACGCCAGACACAUCCUUCUCUUCAUCACAGAGCACAUCAUAGUGGUCAUUGAGAACACAUCUCCUCAAAGGGACACUGUCAUCAGUGCUUUGUACAGCAGUUUAAAUAAAGCCAUUCUCUACUGCCUCUCCAAGCCCCAGCAGUCCCUGUCUGAAUGUCUUGGACUCCUCAGCAUCCUGGACUUUCUGAAGGAGCACUGGGACAUUGUCUUUGCCACCUACAAUUCCAACGUCAGCUUUCUCCUGUGCCUCAUGCACUGCCUUCUGCUGCUCAACGAACGGAGUUACCCAGAAGGAUUUGGAUUGGAACCCAAGCCCAGAAUUACUCCAUAUCAUCAAGUCUUUCUUUUCCCAAAUGAAGAAGUGAAAGACAGAAAGGAAGACCUCCCAAGUUUGAGUGAUGUCCAGCACAGCAUCCAGAAGUCAGUGCAGGCUCUCUGGCAGCAGCUCGUGGCUCAGAGGCGGCAAACACUGGAGGACACCUUCAAGAUUGAUCUCUCUGUGAAGGCCGGAGAGAGUGAAGUGAGGAUCGAAGAGGUCACACCACUCUGGGAGGAGACGCUGGACAAGGCCUGGCACCAUUAUUUAGCAUCUGAGAAGAAGUCACUGGCCAGUCGCUCGGGUGUCACACACCACAGCAAAGUCACUUCAUGGAGUGGGAGCCUGUCUUCAGCCAUGAAACUAAUGCCUGGGAGACAGGCCAAGGACCCCGAGUGUAAAGUGGAGAAUUUUGUGUCCUGUAUAGAGAACUACAGAAGAAGAGGGCAGGAGCUAUAUGCAUCUCUGUACAAAGACCACGUGCAGAGGCGGCGAUGUGGCAACAUCAAGGCAGCUAAAGCCUGGGCCAAGAUCCAGGAGCAGCUUUUUGGGGAGCUUGGCUUGUGGGGCCCGACGUCAAAAGCCACGCCCUGCUCCCAGUGGGAACUGGACCGGAGAGAGGGACCAGCACGCAUGAGGAAACGCAUCAGACGCUUGUCUCCGUGGGAGGCCCUGGGCUCUGGAAGGUGCAAGGAGAUUCAAGACAAAAAGGGUGGCAUUUCUCAAAGCAGUGUGGAAAGCCAAGCUGAUCAGCCGACACCAGGGCAAGCUGAGAGCCAAGCAGACGAGGUGGCAGUGGACUGCACGCAGCUCACGUUCUUCCCCGCCCUGCACGAGGGUCUACACUCGGAAGACUUCCUGGAGCUCUGUCAGGAAAGACAAAUUAUCCUACAAGAGCUUCUGGACGGUGAAAAGGUGACGCAGAAGGUCCCCCUGGUGAUUGUGCAGGGCCACCUGGUCUCAGAAGGGAUCCUGCUCUUUGGCCAGCAGCACUUCUAUGUCUGCGAGAACUUCACUCUGUCUCCCGUGGGCGAUGUCUACUGCACCCGCCACUGCCUAUCCAACAUCAGCGAUCCCUUCAUUUUCAACAUGUGCAGCAAAGACAGAUCCUCCGACCAUUACUCCUGCCAGCGCCACAGCUACAGUGACAUCAGGGAGCUCCGGCAGGCCCGCUUUCUCCUGCAGGACAUUGCCCUCGAGAUCUUUUUCCAAAACGGAGAUUCCAAGCUCCUUGUCCUUUACAAUGGCGAUCGGGGUAAAGCCUUCAAAAGCUUUUGUUCCUCCCUGCCCAGCUUGAAGGGGAAAGGCGUCACAGAGGACCCCUUCAACCUAAGGAAACACCCCAGCUUCGACAAGACCAUGCUUCAUAGAUGGCAGAAAAAAGAUAUCAGCAAUUUUGAGUACCUCAUGUUCCUCAACACCCUGGCCGGGAGGACCUACAAUGACUACAUGCAAUACCCUGUGUUCCCCUGGGUGCUGGCUGACUACACCUCUGAGACAUUGAACUUGACGAAUCCCAAGACUUUCCGGAAUCUUUCCAAGCCCAUGGGGGCUCAGACCAAGGAAAGGAAGCUGAAAUUUACCCAGAGGUUUAAAGAUGUUGAAAAGACUGAAGGAGACAUGACCGUCCAGUGCCACUACUACACUCACUAUUCCUCAGCCAUCAUUGUCGCCUCCUACUUGGUCCGGAUGCCACCCUUCACCCAGGCCUUCUGCUCUCUGCAGGGAGGAAGCUUUGAUGUGGCAGAUAGAAUGUUCCACAGCGUGAAGAGCACUUGGGAGUCUGCCUCCAGAGAGAACAUGAGUGACGUCCGGGAGCUGACCCCCGAGUUUUUCUACCUGCCUGAGUUCUUAACCAACCACAAUGCAGUGGAGUUCGGUUGCAUGCAGGAUGGGACAGCGCUGGGGGAUGUACAACUCCCUCCUUGGGCAGAUGGUGACCCACGGAAAUUCAUCAGUCUGCACAGACAGGCUCUGGAAAGUGACUUUGUCAGUGCCAACCUCCACCACUGGAUCGACCUCAUUUUUGGGUACAAACAGCAGGGGCCAGCUGCCGUGGAUGCGGUGAACACCUUCCACCCCUACUUCUAUGGCGACAGGAUAGACCUCAGCGCCAUCCGUGACCCUGUGAUCAAGAACACCAUUCUGGGGUUUGUCAGCAACUUCGGACAGGUGCCAAAGCAGCUCUUCACUAAACCCCACCCGGCCAGGAGCACCGCGGGGAAGCCUCUGACACCCGGGAAGGACCCCUCCACGCCUGCGGGCCCGCCCAGCCACCCGCAGCCCUUCCUCCACAGCCUGCCAGCACUGAGGCCCUCCCAGGUCACAGUCAAAGAUAUGUACCUUUUCUCUCUAGGAUCAGAGUCCCCCAAAGGGGCCAUUGGCCACAUCGUCCCUACAGAGAAGACCAUCCUGGCCGUGGAGAAGAGCAAGGUGCUGCUGCCCCCUCACUGGAACAGGACCUUCAGCUGGGGUUUUGACGACUUCAGCUGUUGCCUGGGGAACUAUGGCUCUGACAAGAUCCUGAUGACAUUUGAGGACCUGGCUACCUGGGGCCACUGUCUGUGUGCUAUAUGCCCAUCACCCACGAUGAUCGUCACCUCUGGGGACAGUGCGGUGGUGUGUGUGUGGGAACUCAGCCUGGUGAAAGGCCGCCCAAAAGGCUUGCACCUCCGCCAGGCCCUGUAUGGACACACCCAGGCUGUCACGUGCCUGGCAGCCUCCAUCACCUACAGCCUCCUCGUGAGUGGCUCCCGAGACUGCACCUGCGCCCUGUGGGACCUGGACCACCUCUCCCUAGUGGCUUGCCUGCCCACCCACCGGGAGGGCAUCUCAGCCGUUGCCAUCAGUGAUGUCUCGGGCACCAUCGUCUCCUGCGCGGGGGCCCACCUGUCCCUGUGGAACGUCAAUGGACAGCCCCUGGCCAGCAUCGUCACAGCCUGGGGCCCAGAAGGAGCCAUAACCUGCUGCUGCAUAGUGGAGGGGCCAGCGUGGGAUGCAAGCCAUGUCAUCAUCACUGGGAGUCAGGACGGCAUGGUUCGGAUUUGGAAGACAGAGGACAUGAAGAUGUCUGUUCCUGGACAGGCAGCGGCAGAGGAGCCCGCCACUCAGCCUGCAAGCCCCACAGGUCACAAGUGGGAGAAGAACCUUGCUCUGUGUCGAGAGCUAGAUGUCAGCGUUGCUUUGACUGGCAAACCCAGCAAGGCCAGCCCAGCCUUGACAGCUCUUGCCAUGUCUAGAAACCAGACAAGGCUCCUGGUUGGCGAUGAGAAGGGGAGGAUCUUCUGCUGGUCUGCAGAUGGGUAGAUGGAGAGAGAGAGCUGUGGUGGAGGCUCCAGCACACAGCUGUGGGCCCCUCCAGGACAGCAGCACCUUCCCAAGCCUGUCCUCACCCCAGUUCUUGAGGAGAAAGCUUCUGAUGAUGUGCACUAUGUACCCCGAACCAUCUCUGUGGCCCAUGAGACUUCUAUACAUUCAUACUGGAAACUGACCUGCCGGUGACAAGCUACAUAGGAAAUUACAUGUGACUCACUUUACCAAAGGCUUAUUGCAUUGGGAAAAAAAAGCAAAACAAAAAACCUAGGAUCAGUUACUGGAAAUAGAUGGAAACUAUCCUAUUGCCUUUAUUUUAUUAAAGCAUUAUUUUCUA